GUAUCUUCACAACCGGAAGCACAAAAGUGGGAGUUGACCGCCUUUCUCUUUUCAAUUUUCUCUAUUUUCUUUAUGUUUGGCGCAAUUCUACACUCAGCGAAGGCCACUUCUAAGAUCGAGUGAACAAUGUCAGGGAAAAACUCGGAGCAAUGAACAAAAAUAUUCCAGAAACGAGCAGAUAAAUCUAUGCCUCAUUCAGGCUGAAACCUCAGCACCCAUGUUCUGGUGUCAACUUAUCAAGUCCGCUACAGUAGCUUGUUUAAAUAAGGAGAAAUGAUAGAGGGGGAGGAGAGGGGAGGGGGAGGAGGGGAGAGGAGAUUAAACGACCAAUGAAUGCAAUUAUGAUUUAGAUUCUAUUCCUGUCUAAAAUAAAAUGCCACCAAAGCGUAAUUUAAGAUAAUUGGCAUUCAAACGACUACACUCUGCAGAACACCAAAUAUAACCACUUUUAAAACCUAUGGCUUUGCUGGUCACCCUUCCCAAAGAUGAUAAGAAAAUGAGAAUGUUGCUUCUGUAGGGAUCUCCGACUGUGUCUCCCACUCUUCUACCGUUCAUCGCCCCAGCAAAACUACACAGCCGUGUUAUCAGUAUCACAACACGGGCGCCAUUUUGUGUCAAACAUGGCGGACUAAAAGGACGCGUCGCUUCCGCACUAGUGUGGACAGAAAAUAUGGCAAUGUUCAGCCUACUACCGUGGAUUGUUUUAUUGACAGUUGACCUUAUCACUGCGGCGGAAAUACCACCCAAAAUCACCAAACAAUCGCCCAAGGAUGUUUAUUACAAAGUUUCCGAGUAUGUACAACUUGAGUGUGAAGCGUCUGGCAUUCCCCAGCCAAGCUUCACAUGGCAGCGGGCUGGUGUGGACUACACGCCAGAAGGCAACGAUAAGCGAGUGGUGAUGUUGCGGAACAAGGGGACUCUCCUCAUCAACAGCCCUGAGGAUAAAGACGAGGGCAUCUACCAGUGUUUUGCCUCUAAUGACUUUGGCUCAGCUGCUUCAGUCAAAUUCAACCUCCGAAUGGCUAAGCUUGACCCUUUUCCACCGACAAAAACAGCAAUUGAGCACCAAGUGGAGCUGGGAUCACAUAUCAAGCUCUUCUGCCAGUCUCCCGACAGCGUCCCGGAUGCCAACAUCACAUGGUGGGAACAUACACCGACAUGGGGCGACAUCCCUAUACUCUACGAUGACCGUCUUUCUGUCGAUCUGGAAGACAACCUGCACAUCACAUACGUGAAGAAAGAAGACGGCGAAGAUGGCAAGUCCUGGCACUGCACAGCCAUGAACAAUGUGACCCGCUACAGCGAGGUGGGACCCCAGCACGUCAUAACGGUCCAAGGAUCGACCCCUACCGACACAGGAAUGAAGCUCGUUUGGCCAAUGAGCCGCUCCAACGAGUGGGCGCUGAUUGGUUCAAAUCUUAGGCUCAAAUGUAUCUUCGCCGGCAACCCAGUGCCUUUCGUGCGUUGGAGACGGCAGGAUGGGCAGCCAUUGCCUUUGAGAGGCAAAACAUUAUCCUUCGGCCAGGAGCUGUUUAUCCCCAACGUCAGGUUUGAGGACAACGGCACCUACAUCUGUGACGGCGUGCAGGAGAAAAGUUUACAGUACGAGAGUUCUUUUGACGUGACAGUUGAAGAGGCUCCGGUUUGGAUCACGCCACCUCAAGAUGUGACAGUGGAUGAGGGCGCCUCAGUGGAAGUCGAGUGUUCUGGUCGGGGCACGCCUGUCCCUCAAGUCUUCUGGUUUGUCAACGGUCGCAAGCUGGAAGAUGCUCUGAAGACGGACACGCGUCUCGACAGCAAGCGGUUCAAGGUGAUGACGGAUAACAAACUUUUCUUCGAAAAUCUCAGCAAGACGGAUACCAUGGUCUUCCAGUGUAACGUCACUAACGGCCAUGGCUACCUCUGGGGGGAGGCUUUCAUCAACGUCGUGGCUUCGAAGCCUGCUAUCCUAAAGCCACCAGAAGUGAGACAGAAAGUCGCCGAGGGUCAGCCCUUCCACAUUUCCUGUCACGUGACGGGGCAGAAAAUAGUCACGUGGUACAAGGAGGAGAUGCAAAUCACGGGAGGUCGUUUCACAGUCAAGGACAGUGGGGAUUUACACGUGGAGAGAGCUGUUCUGUCGGAUUCCGGCCCCUAUCGAUGUCACGCCAUCAACAAGUGGGGGGAGGCGGAAGCGGAGGGUUCGCUCAUCGUGAGGAGAAAGACUGUCAUAGAACAGAGACCUAUGGAUCUGGAGGUAAGAAAGGGCAUGAACGCAAAGUUCACUUGCUCAGGCACAACAGACCCCCAAGAGACGCACAACUUGAAGGUGUCGUGGCUCAAGGAUGGCCAGGCUGUGGACAUUACGUCUAACAUGUUUAUCAAUAUACAAGACAACUCUUUGACCAUCAGUGGCACAGGCGUCCGAGAUACUGGCACCUACGCAUGUGUGGUCAGUAAUGGACUGGACAGCGAUUUGGCGUCAGCCAGACUGGUGGUUACAAAUGUGCCGGAGAAGGCUACUGACGUGAAAGUGCUCAACUCGUGCAACGCAGGAACCUACGCUGAGCUCGCGUGGAUGCCGGGCAGUUUCAACAACGCCCCCAUCCAGUACUUCACAGUGGAAUACAGAUCCUCAAUAGACCCUAACCACUGGGUAUUUGCUAAUACCACAAACAGCAAGAGAGCCGAGGCGAAUAUAACCCUGUCUUCUGGAAUAGACUAUUCGUUCAGAGUGACGUCAUUCAACAAGAUUGGCCAGAGCCAGCCUAGCGCACCGUCCACCUCCCAGUGCGUCACGUCCAACGCUCGGCCCAAGCGAAACCCGCGCAAUGUACGGACGAUCGGGGAUCUCCAUGGCAAGAUACACAUCGAGUGGACGCCUGUACCUCCGGAAUACCACGGGGAGACUGGCGUAGCCGGGAGUAGAGCUGUCCUCUCGUAUGAGCUGAGGAUACACCGCUACGGCGAUGCAGACACCAACGUCGGCUCGAAGACCAUCCAAGACUGGAAAACGUCCACCUUCAACAUGAGCGUAGGGACUCCCUACCAUCCUUUCAACAUCAGCGUAAGGGCGAAGAACUCGAAUGGUUUCUCCUCCGAACAGGAGCAUGGAGUUGUCGGAUAUUCCUAUGAGAGCAUGCCUGAGAUCACCCCCACAAACCUCCAAGUGGCGGAAAUUAGGUCCUCAAGUGCCCUCUUCACAUGGGACUUCCUGCGUGCGGAGAUCGGGAAAGUGGAUACCCUGAUCAGAGGAGAAUUUAGAGGUUUUCAGAUCCAAGCGUGGCAGGAAAAUUACCGAAGUGACACCAUCCGGACCUGGAACCUGAGGCCAGAAAUGCUUCCCGCCAACCAAACGGGAGACCAGUUUCAGUACCAUAUUCAGUCUCUGCUUCCCAACACAAACCUCGUGGCCCGGGUGUCCUUGCUCAACAACUUCUACGUCAGCACACCCUCCGAUACUGUCAAGUUCAUUACUCCACCAGGCCUUCCGGGUCCUGUAGAGUUUAUGGAGGAGCUCAACAUUGGCGACACCCACAUCAACCUACAGUGGCGACCUCCACUGGACAAUCGGGGUGACCUGGUUGGUUUCGACAUCGGUUACCAGGAAGUACAAGGUCUACAUCUGGAAGAAAUGCAAGAGCGACAACCGCAAGUCAAUGAUGGGUACGCCACAACAGCCAUGCUUAGCGGACUUAUGCCCAACACAAAAUACAGAAUCUACCUGUGGGCUCGAACCGCUGCCGGCCGAGGCGAAGAGUACUUCAUAGAGAGAACCACAAAAGAUUCUUUCGCCGCAGCCUACGACGUGUCGGAGAACCUGGGCUGGUUCCUGGCCAUGAUCUUCUCCAUUCUCUUCACCAUCGCCCUCGUCGUCGUCUUCAUGGCCUGCUACCGCAAAGGAUUCCGCUUCAAGUCCAGCUCUGGGGAAGUUCGGACCUUCCGAAACGGGGACGAUACAUACACUGAUAAGACAGAGUUCCCGAGAGCCUCCAAAGACUUUGGACCCGAGCCCCUGGGAUACUCUAACGACUACUAUGGAAGCCCAAAGGAGAACGAUGAAUAUUCAGAUAGUGGACAAAGAAAGACGAUGGGAGCGGAGGCCAGCGACUACUAUACGGGCCAGAACUACGAUAACCAUACGUAUGAUUAUGAGGGGAAAGCUGGUCUCGAUUACAGAGGCACGACUGAUUAUCCUGACGAUACCAACGCUGACGACUAUUACCGGGAUGAAUGGGGCAAUGAGAGAAACGACUACCGAAGUGAAGGCUAUGAUGACAGACGAUACUUCCGAGACGAAACUGACCGAGACGACCACAAUCGCUACAACGAUUACGAUAGAGACCAAUAUGGUGGUGAUUACUACGGCCAAGAUGGUUACAACCUUGAUGAUAACCCAAGGCGCGAUUAUGAUGACAGGAUGCAGGAUGGACACGAUUACUAUCGGGGAGAAGAGGAUCCAUCCCGCACCGGGUCUGCUCAUGACUACGAAGAAUACGGUUCCGAGACAUCCGCUCCUCGGGGAGCUGGGGCACGGAGUGACAGCUCAAGACACGGCCACGCCCCCCAGCGCCGUGAUGACAGGGGGGCGGGACGUCACGACCGCUCACACGACCGCUCACACGACCGCUCACACGACCGCUCACACGACCAUUCCCACGACCACGAACAAUGCAGGGACGUGGUGGAGGAGUUAGAGCACCGACAGAGCGGUGACAGAUGGUCUGCUGUUCAAGGCUCGACUGGGGGCAGAUCUGACAACAGCGCCGCAUCUGGACCAAAGGAUGCCAGCACUUUUGUGUAAAGCCCUGCGCGGCGUACACACUCCAAAUAGGUAUAUUAUUUGGAAUCUUGAGAAAUGCAUCUUUUCAGAAGAAAAGAAAUCCAUCGGAGAAUUGAAACACUUUUUUAAAGAGAUAAGAGAUCUCCGUUUGUUGUGCAGAAUUUUAUAUGGUGACUUUUUUCCCUCUAAAUUGUCUCACCACCACUUGUAGUUAGAUUCCUUGUCCGUUUGUAUUAUUUGGCAUUACGCUUCAUAACAUGCCUAUGUUUCUAGAAUCGCUAAUUGUUUCGAGAUAGACCCUUUUUGCCAACAUGCAGUUUGCUAAUUGAAAAACUAUAUUGUACUUUGAGAUGUAACUAAUCAUUGUUAAUUUUUAGGCCCUGUCCCAUCUGCAAAAGGCGUUGUUAGCCUAGUGGUUAGGCUACCGGUCCUUUAGUCGUGAGAGAGCGGGUUCGGAGGUUCGAGCCACAGUAUGGUGCGACGUUGUGUCCUUGGGGAUUUGGCUCAGCCCUUUCUGAGAUGGGUGUUAAACUCGGAGGUCCCACCUUUUAAAUAACCUAACGGUGUUGAUAGGGACGUUAAACAUAACAUACCAUUUCACAAGAAAAAUCAUGUUAAUUUCUUCUUUUUUUGGGGGGGGGAGUAUAGAUUGUGGACAAGGUCUGUAUUGUGAAUAACACUGUUUUUCUAAAUCCUAGAACUCAUUAACUUAGUUUUCAAAAGAUAAUAAUAUAUGAACAGAAUCUGGUCCCAUGCCAA